AUCAUAAAUAUCCAACCCAGUUGCAAACAAACCAAGUCAAAAUAGUUUUGAAACGAAAAAAAAAAAGAGUUCGCGUUCAAUCUCGCUUUUGUGUUUGUGUUCUGUCGGGUUCCACAUCUGUCUGGGUUUUAUCUGAUUUGAUUUUGAGGGUCAAAAGAUGCAGAAACUAGGUGAUUUCAAGCUUCCUCAGUUCUUCAAUUACCCUCCAUACUUCACUUUGCAGCCUGUGAGGGACACUCGUGAGAAGCAAAUACAGCUCUGGAAAGAGCUUAUCUUGGACUUCUGCAAAUCCCAAAAGGUCUUCUUGAUCGGCGUUGAAGAAGACUUCCCUCUCUUCUCCAACUCUGCUAUUGAUCGAACUCUAAGCCAUGAAGCAAGGGAGAUCUUCCUCUCAGCCAUUGUUGGAGAAGGGCGUGCGGAGUGGCUAGAUAAAGGUCAUAGGAAAUGUUUGAUUCUCUGGCACCGGAUUCAAGAUUGGGCAGACAUUAUUCUUAAGUUUGUGAGAGAGAAUGGAUUAGAGGACAGUGUUAUGACUGUUGAAGAAAUACGUUCAGGGACUGAGUCACUUGGAACAGAACUUGAAGGGAUUGAUCGGACGAUUCUAAUGAGGGCAUUGAAGCUGCUAGAGAACAAAGGCAAGCUUGCAUUGUUCAAAGGAACUUCAGCUGAUGAUGAAGGCGUCAAGUUCUCUGUCUGAUGUUUUUGUUUUUGUUUUUGUCAACAAGGAAAAAAAAACGGAUAAACACCUUGAUAACAUACUUUCAUUCUGUAAUCACAACUUUUGAGUUUUGUAGAAUUAAUUGCAUUUUAUAACAUAACACUAAACAAACCA